GUUCCGAUAACGGUGACGACGGGCGGCAGCGGCGGCGGCGGCAGCGGCGGGCGGCGGAGGUAGUGGCGGCGGUGGCGGUGGCGGCAACAGUGCCGGUACAUUUGCCGUUGCCGGUGAACAGCGGCAAAUCAGAGGUGUUGAAGGCUGGGUGGCUGUGGUGAGCGGUGUGUGCGGCGAAAAUUUAGUCAGACCUCGCUGAUAAUACGAAGCCGAUGAAGCCAGGUGUGAGUUUGUGACUGUGACAGGCAGAUGUGACAGGAGACGAUCUCGUGAUCUGUCGAGACCAACGCACCGUGAUAGAUUCGUGAGCACAGUACGGAAGCGUAUGACCCGUGAUAUGAUAUAUUCGCGGGACUGAACUUUGAACACCAGCUAAUCAGAAUGUGUGUUCAGCUAAUCAAGUGAAACGGUAUUCUAGUUAGACAGCUCUGCUACAGAAGCGCUCGUGAUUUUUAGUGUCAAGGUGCUUGUGUUUGAGCUUUAAAGUAGUUCAAAUGUGACCUAGCCUUUGUUGUGUGGGAUCUGGGUGGUGCGUUAAUCCACCUCGCUUCCUUUCCUUGGACGAAGUACCAGACCCAUUCGGGCAGCGUAACGGACAACAAGCUGCCUCGUUGUGUGUCUGAGAACCCACGAGUGGAGUGAGCGUCAUAUGCGGGCGAUGCGGGCUGUGCUGCCGUCUGCUCUCAUGUAACGGUGUCGGGAUCCGGCCAGCCAGGAAGCACUUUGGAAGCUGAGGGUUCCGCUGCGUUCGGCAGGAAAACUUACCAAUGUACCGCCUGAGGUGGGCGCAGAAACAGGGGCGUCGCCACCCUUUUCUGGUGGUGAUUGUGAGCUGUAUAGUGGCCGCCAUCUUUCUUGUCGAGGACGUCAAAUGGCAAAUGCGCUCGGCGACAGUGAGCGUUUGGAACCGAUACCAUGAAAAGUUCAAGCCGGCGCCGGAUGUGAACAUCACAGAGAGUGACCGAGUGAUCCUGUUCUGGACCCCCUUCUUCGGCAACCUUGAGUUCAACAUCGGCUACGGCAGGAGGCCUUUUAGCCCGUGUCCGGCCUCCAACUGCAUCACCACCAACCAGCGUCGCUACCUACAGCGUGCCGACGUGGUGGUCUUUCACCCGGUCGAGUUUAGUGACUUCGACCUGCCGGCGUUCCGGCGUCCAGACCAGCUCUGGGUGUUCUACAUGCUGGAGAGCCCGCCGAACACGGGCGGACAGUUCAAGGAGGCGACCAAGGGCCUCUUUAACCUCACCAUGACGUACAGACGGGACUCUGAUAUACACCAGCCAUACUUCAAGACGGUGCCUCUAUCCGAAGCCGAGCGCCAGAGGUCAUCCGGGGUCACCAUGGCACCCACACUCUCAGCCACGUGGGCAUCACUGACCCAGGUCAGACAGAGACUACCCUGGGUGGUUUCACACUGCAAGACUCCCGGCAAACGCGAACAGUUUGUUGAGGAACUGCGACGAUACAUCGCCGUGGACAUCUACGGACGUUGUGGUCCUCUGCGCUGCUCGGCCCCGGGCGGGGUGCUGUCUCCACCCGACCCCCGAACCUGCUACCGCUACGUGGCCGACAACUACCGCUUCUACCUCUCCUUAGAGAACUCGCGAUGUCGAGACUACAUCACUGAGAAGUUCUUUCUGGCGCUCAACAGCAGUCUAAUCCCGAUCGUCUACGGAGCUUCUCGGGCUGACUAUGAGGCCGUGGCACCUCCACACUCCUUCCUUCAUGUCGAUGACUACGCUAACCCUCGUGAGCUGGCGGGUCACGUGAAGUACCUGCUGACCCAUGAGGCAGCUCUGGCUGAGUACACGGCCUGGAGGUCAGAGUAUAAGAUCGAAGGCGCUCACCGCGACGGAUGGUGCAAACUCUGCGAGAUGUUGAACAAGCGAGAAGUACAGAGGAAAGAGUAUGCGGAUAUUAAAGAGUGGUGGAGUGGACCGGAUGUCUGUCACUAGCCGUUAGCUAGAGCUAGCCGCGUAGCUAGUUUGCAAGUCAGUCGCCAGCUAUCAUUGAUGCUAUCAAUGGCGCUAUCAAUGAUUAUCAAUGACGCUAGCCAGCAUUGUUGAACAGUGUCACAACCAGAAUCGCUAGCCGAUUGCUAGAGCUAGCUCAGCUAGCCAGUGUCGGACAGCGCACCAAAGCUGUGAAGCAGAUAUAUGGGUAAAAAAUCGAGCUCGAGGUCUGGUGACCAUAUGGCAAUGGGUCAAUGAUCACAGACCCACUGGCUGAAAGAAACGGUCGCUAAUUAGGAGCAAAGACAGCACGCUAAGACCUCGGAUUGAGAUGGAUUGGUUCGCGUUUAUUAGGAUGUUGUUUGGUGUCGUUGUUUUUUUACUCAGGUGACAAGAGUGCCUCUCGAUAAAUUUCGCCAACCAUGGAGUGUGGAUGAAAAAUGAAAGGUUAUUACAAAAAAGACAUUUUUUGCUUGGUUUUCUCGGAUAAAUUGUUAGCAUUCGUCGCGUGAGCGUAAUAUUUCACAAAGUGAAAAGUCCUAUGGUUGCGAUAUUGCUUCAAGACUGACUGUUUUUAGCAAUUCUCUAUUAACCUAUGGUUUUAAGGGUUUAAGGCCCUCAAAAUAGUUACAUACAUACUUCCAAAAUAGCUUAAUUGCCACCAACACUUACCUAUUUAUCCCUGCCAUCAAGCAACAUCUUGUUGCUGCCUUUUCCCAUGUAAGGUAUAACAAUUUAUAGUUUUUGAUACUCGCAGUUGUGGCCCAUGGAUGGUCUUGUGUCAUCAAAUAAAUGUCAAGGUGCCGGACUGGUGCCCAAUAUUUUGGUCGCAUAUACCUUGCCCCACGGCCGCAUGCUGCGCCGUUGUCAUUGUUUUUGUCAUCGUAUAGGGUAGUGUCUGUGUGUAUAUAACUUGUGUUAUGUUGUGUUGAUGAUUCGUGCCUCGAUUCGGUGCAUAAGUUUUAGGGGAACGUUUGUGAAGGCACCAUUUUGCCAAGCGAUUUGUACGAUUCAAAUGCUGUAUGCUCCGCAUUAACUAGUCGCAUGACCAUUAUUGAGGGUUAAUGUUCCUCAGGCAGUUUCAGGAUUCGGAAUUUCUCGGUGAUUUGUGUAACAUUAGUCAGCUGUGUAGUUACUGCGCAUUGUUCACCCUUUCGUGAAACUCUAAAGUGCUCUUAAUAUUUUAAUUAUUUAUUGUACCGAUAACAUUGCCGCACAACAGGAUGGAAUGAAAGCCUAGAAACAAUGGAAUGCCAUACAUAUAGAACACCCAGAAUGAUAGACGUUGUGGCAGAAAUGGUAAAUUCUUCCCCCGAAAUGUGUGGCUCAUCUGUCAUUGUUUUGCUUUUAAUUGUUUUGUGCAGAACCAUUGGCGGGCGUGGAAGUGAAUAUACGCUGCAUUCUGACCAAAUAA